CGGCCCGGCCAGUCUAAGUUUUCAUGGCUCUAUUUUUCCUUUGCCAUGCGGUGAUAUCCAAUUACCCAUGAAAUUUUCUCUCUACCAAACCAUCAAUUUCUUGUUUCACUACUACAGUAAAAAAAAAAUCCUGUUUCACUAGUAGCUCCCAAGUAACAUUAAAGAUAUCUGUUGAAAAAAAACUAAAGUAUCCCAUCAACUUGCUUAGAAAAACGAAAGCAAGUGUAAGUGUAAACCUCCUAGAGACAAAUCAACUAGGCGUAUUUAACUUGCAACCAUCCGCAGCAUCUUGCCUACAUCUGACUAGAUCGACUUCCUUCCCUAAUCCUAAAUUUCCUAAUAACCCCCACUCUCCCCUCAAUUUCUUCUCCCCAGGGACAAAAGAACCCAAGAGCAGAGCACCUAGCUUCUGGCCGGCCCAUACAAUGCCGUACACAGCUACACGCCCGUCGCCGCCGCAGCACAGCCGGACCGUCGGCGCCGCCCGUAAUAAGGCGCCCUUGGCGGUGCCGCUGCCGGCCGAGGUGGCGCGGUACCACGAGCACGCGGCCGGCGCGGGGCAGUGCGGCUCGGCGGUGGUGCAGGCGAUCGGGGCGCCCGCGGAGGCCGUGUGGGCCGUGGUGCGGCGCUUCGACCGGCCGCAGGCGUACAAGCGCUUCGUCAAGAGCUGCCGCCUCGUGGAAGACGGCGGCAGCGUGGGCGUGGGCUCGGUGCGGGAGGUGCGCGUGGUGUCCGGCCUGCCCGCCACGUGCAGCCGCGAGCGGCUCGAGGUCCUGGACGACGAGCGGCGCGUGCUCAGCUUCCGGAUCGUCGGGGGCGAGCACCGCCUGGCCAACUACCGGUCCGUGACCACGGUCAGCGAGGUGCCCGUGGCCGGCGGGGCAGGGAAGCCGGUCUCGGUGGUGGUGGAGUCGUACGUGGUGGACGUGCCGCCGGGGAACACGGGCGACGAGACGCGCGUGUUCGUCGACACCAUCGUGCGGUGCAACCUCCUGUCGCUGGCGCGCGCCGCCGAGGCCGAGGCGCAGCUCGCGCUGGCGCCAGUGCAGUCGCCGCGCGUCAGUUGAUACGCCCGGUGCCCCCCGGCACCCGGCAGGCCAGACUAGCUGCAGGUACCAUGCCAAGGCAUGCACACGCACGCGGUUGGGGGUUCUGAUCGAAUUGACUUGUCUGACAUGCAUGUGCGGCACCGCUGAUGCAUCUAGGCCAUGCUGUUAUGUGAUAUACACCCUGUUUGUUCUGUGCAAGACGUACAUAUUACUGGUUCUCAACUAAUUUGGGUUGUGGAAUGUGCA